AGAUGUCGCUGUUCCCCCGGAUGAUCGGGGUCCCCUGCAGCUGGCCCUGUGUGUCUCCAUGUCCCCGGCUUGCGGCUAGUGAUGGCGGCCUCCCUGGCUGCGGCGGAUCCCGGGGCCCCGGCCGAGGACUCAUCUGACAGCGAGCCGGAGCCCGAGCCGCAGAAGCUGAGCCGGAAAGUGUCUACGUCUGGGCAGAUCAAAAGAAAGGCUAUAAUAAAAGAGGGACAUCUACACAAGCAGACAAGCUCCUUUCAGCGAUGGAGGAGGCGCUACUUCAAACUACGAGGCAGGACGCUCUAUUACGCCAAGACUGCAAAGUCUAUCAUAUUUGAAGAGGUUGACAUAACAGACGCCAGUGUUGCCGAGUCAAGCACCAAGAACCUAAACAACAGUUUCACAGUGUUCACUCCCUUUCGGAAACUGAUCCUUAGUGCGGACAAUAGGAAAGACAUGGAGGAAUGGAUGGCGGCGCUCAAGUCUGCUCAGAACCGUGAGCUCUUUGAGUCUGCCCAGUACAGUGUGGACCACUUCUCCGGAAUGCACAACUGGUAUGCCUGCUCCCAUGCUCGACCCACCUACUGCAAUGUGUGCCGUGAAGCUCUCUCCGGUGUCACCUCCCAUGGACUCUCCUGUGAAGUGUGCAAGUUUAAGUCUCACAAGCGGUGUGCCGUGAGAGCUACAAACAACUGCAAAUGGACUACUUUGGCCUCAAUUGGGAAAGACAUCAUAGAGGAUGAGGAUGGGGUAUCAAUGCCACACCAGUGGUUGGAGGGGAACCUGCCUGUUAGUGCCAAGUGCACGGUAUGCGAGAAGACUUGUGGCAGUGUACUGCGCCUGCAAGACUGGCAGUGUCUGUGGUGCAAAGCAGCGGUACAUACAUCCUGCAAAGAGCUUCUACCUAAAAAAUGCCCACUUGGCCAGUGUAAAGUGUCUGUAAUCCCCCCAACGGCCCUCAACAGCAUAGACUCCGAUGGGUUUUGGAAAGCCACCUGUCCCCCUUCCUGCACCAGCCCUUUGCUUGUGUUUGUCAAUUCAAAGAGUGGAGACAACCAAGGUGUAAAGUUCUUGAGACGCUUCAAGCAGCUGUUGAACCCAGCUCAAGUUUUCGAUCUCAUGAAUGGUGGACCCCAUCUUGGCUUACGUCUGUUUCAUAAAUUCGACACUUUCAGAAUAUUGGUAUGUGGUGGAGAUGGAAGCGUAGGCUGGGUUCUCUCAGAAAUAGAUGCUCUAAAUCUUCACAAGCAGUGCCAGCUUGGGGUCUUGCCCCUAGGAACAGGGAAUGACUUGGCACGAGUGCUGGGCUGGGGCUCUGCAUGUGAUGAUGACACCCAGUUACCCCAAAUACUAGAGAAGUUUGAGAGGGCUGGCACUAAAAUGCUGGACAGGUGGAGUAUCAUGGUGUAUGAGACCAAACUGCCAGCUCAGGUUUCAGAUCCCUGUACAACAGAACCCAGCGAAGGUUGUGAGGUGCGGCAGAUUCUGGGUUAUGAAAACUCUGUAGCCGCUCACUUAUCUCAGAUACUCAGCUCAGACCAACACUCUGUGGUUAUCUCAUCAGCUAAGGUCCUAUGUGAAACUGUAAAAGAUUUUGUUGCCCGUGUUGGGAAGGCCUAUGAGAGGAUGACGGAGAGUUGUGAAGAAUCUGAAACAAUGGCAGGAAAGUGCACUGUUCUUCGAGAGAAACUGGACUCCCUCUUGAAAACUUUGAACGAGGAGUCUCAAGCUACAACAGUCAUGUCCCAACCUCCACCUACAAUAAACGAGGAGAUGGAGGACUCUUCAGAAAAUGCCACAUGCCCUCCAGCUAUUUCUCCUUCUCCAAUGCGAUCACAGACUUUUCUGCCUCGUGAACAGCUCAUGCUUAGAGCCAACAGUCUGAAGAAAGCCAUUCGACAAAUAAUUGAGCAGGCAGAGAAAGCUGUUGAUGAACAGAAUGCUCAAAGUCCUGAAGAUUUCCACCUGUCCUUUCCUGCAGAGGAUGGUAAAGAUCGAAUUCAAGCAAGCACGGUGAAUGCACAUAGUGGCAAUGCUCUUCCCAGAAUAAGAGCAUCAAGCAGAGCUGGCAAAGCAGAAAGAACCACCAGUAAAAGCAGCCUCAGUGCAGGAGCCUCUACAUCCCUCCCUGGUGCUAAUACAGAUCGGGAGCACCUGCACCAAAACAUGAGAGCUGGAAUGUCUGGAUCUUUACCUGGAAACUCUAUCAUUAGCCGUCUUCUUAUUAGCGCUGACCCAUUUACCUCGGAGCCAGACUUGAAUUGUUACGCAGAAAGAUGUGUAAUGAACAAUUACUUUGGGAUUGGACUGGAUGCAAAAAUUUCUUUGGAUUUUAACAACAAAAGGGAUGAGCACCCCAAGAAAUGCAGUUUAUCUGAUCUACUUCUCUUUGAUGGAAGAAGUCGCACGAAGAAUAUGAUGUGGUACGGUGUACUGGGGACCAAAGAGCUGCUACAGAGAACAUACAAAAAUCUGGAACAGAAAGUACUUCUAGAGUGUGAUGGAGUGCCCAUUCCUCUACCCAGCCUGCAAGGAAUUGCUGUACUGAACAUUCCCAGUUACGCUGGCGGGACAAACUUCUGGGGAGGCAACAAGGAAGAUGAUACAUUUGCUGCACCUUCCUUUGAUGAUAAGAUCUUGGAGGUGGUUGCUGUAUUUGGCAGUAUGCAGAUGGCAGUGUCCAGGGUCAUUAAGCUACAACAUCAUCGGAUUGCUCAGUGCCGAAUGGUGAAAAUCACUGUGCUCGGUGAGGAAGGGGUCCCUGUACAAGUUGAUGGAGAGGCUUGGAUUCAACCACCAGGUUAUAUCCGUAUAGUGCACAAGAACAGGACACAGACCCUCACGCGAGACAGGGCCUUUGAAAGCACAUUAAAAUCUUGGAAAGAUAAGCAGAAAUGUGAUUUGUCAAGGCAAACCAGCUCCACUCUCACUGCUACAUCUUUACACCCAGAAGUGCUCUCUGACGAGGAGGCAGCACAGGUGUCUCGGUUUGGCCAGGCUGCUGGUGCCCUCAUUCACUGCAUUAAAGAAAUAGCAGUCUCUCAUCCGAGUAUAGAGCAGGAGCUGGCUCAUGCUGUCAAUGCAAGCUCAAAGUCAAUGGAGAAUGUCUACAACAAGAACUCAGAGGGUCUAAGCUGCAAUCAUGUUAUGGAAAUGGUAACAAAUGUCCGAGCUUUAUUGAAUGAGACAGAACUGCUACUUAAGGGAAAAAUGGCAUUGCUCUUGGAUCCCCCUCAGAAGGAACAGCUGACGACAUCGCUCAGUAACACAGAGCAAGAGCUGCGAAAACUCACAGAUAUCCCAUGGCUUUCUGAGCUAACAGAAGAGGAGGGUGACCUGGAUAUCUCCAAGUGUAGACGUAGCAGUCGGUUUAAACUGGUCAACAAGUUCAAGAAGGAGAAGAAUACCAAGAACAAAGAGACCCGGAGCAGCACCGGGCCGCCUGCUCAUCUUUGGGGGACGGAAGAGGUUUCUCUUUGGUUGGAGCGUCUUAGUCUGUCUGAGUACAAGGAGGUCUUUACUCGCCAUGACAUCCGAGGCUGUGAGCUUCUCCACCUAGAGCGCCGAGACCUCAAGGAGUUGGGUGUGACAAAAGUGGGCCACAUGAAGAGAAUCCUCCACGGCAUCCGGGAGCUGAGCCCCCCUCCUGUCAGUGCGGAUUAGGAUCUGUCUUUACAUCAUGUGUGGCCCAGUCUGGAUGAUCAGUGGUGCUUCAUUACAGCACAUGCCAUUUCUAGGGUUUUACUGCAGCAUAGCGCUUUAUAAGAUCAACUAAUCUCAGCAGUGCAUCAUGGCAAGCAGUAAUAUAGAGGCCUUUGUUAUAGUUGGCAUCCUAUCAAAUGUGCCCUUAGACAGCAGGCAAUCACAGUUAUGCCCUGGGGAUACUGUAGCUAACCACCGAAAGGUUGUAUCCAGGGUAUAAAUGGUUCAAGGGCUUUAGUGAGCUUUUGCCUACAUAAGACUUGUGCUGAAUGCUAUGGAAGGCAGUUUUGUUUUUUUAUAAAUACCACAAAAGCCAACGGUGACUGAAGUAAUGUUUUUCUCAUGUAUAUGCUACCUCGUGUGGCUUGGGACAGACACUGUGCUGCUGGUGGGACUUUAGCAGAGUAAAAACCAUCAACAUUUCUCCAAGCAAUGGCUCACACUCUGUCCUUUGCCUAUACACUUUAAGAUGUAGGUAAGUGAUUUUGGCCUGUAACUGUAUCCUCACCAUUUUAUUGAACUUGUAAGAUGACUGUGGAGUUUUUGUAGCUUGUGUUAAUAUGAAUGCUGUUUUCUCAGGCUCUGUGUGUAAAUUGUAUGAUGUGCAAAUGGCAUUCCGGAUGUGGUGUACAAAUAAUGUUAUCAGUGGUUGCUUUGGACUUUUGUAAAUUCCAGCUGUGAGGUGAGAAUAUUGCAACAGCCCACUCUGGUCUAUGAUCAAAAGAUUGUUUACAUUUCUAUAGGUACAUUUAUAUAGCAGGAAACAACCUAUGCUCUGUUUGCUGUCUGUAGAUGGCAGUGGCAGUGUCAGCUUUGUCCAGAAAAAAUAUAAUGAAGGACUGUUUCCUGAAACUGUGUUUGGAUUGUGGUUGGAGGAGUCUGCAUCCAUUGCUCUUUUUCUUCAGCCAUGGUUAACUUGUUAAUCCCGGGCAGGUCCCUUCCUUUUGCUUACCUUUAUCCAUGAGGGACAGAUGAAACAACUCUGAAAUCCUCAGGUAAAGGCUGACAAUCCCUCCCCUGGUGUAUUUAUUGUCCCGUGCCUUACUGCAGUCCCUGUGCCUUUUUCAAAGUGAUGUUAAUGCCUGUAAAUAGCAGUGUUGUAAAAUAUGGCUUCUAUUCUAACAGUAAAAUAUGUCUUAAUAAUGA